AUGCUCCGUGACGAGCUGCAUGCAGUCGUAGCUCGACGACAGGCCAAACUUACAGAGCUGUUUUACGCCACGGUGGGUGUGGGCGCGACCGAGGGCGCGACCGGGGACUCGCACUACCAACAAAAGGAACAAGCGUUCCUUGACGCCAACGACCUCUCCAAAGGUCGCUACUUCAACGAAUCCACUCUGCCACCACCCUCGAAUCCACAUCUCACGCGUUCGGCAAGCAGAAAGGCCGCCGCAUCAACCGCUGCUGAGAGCGCAGUCGCUCCACCGCCCACGGUCGAUGGCGCCCCUGUGACUGCGAUCGGAACCGUCGCAGGAGAAGAAUCGCCUGAAGUCGCGCCAAUCUCUGCGGAUGCGACAGGACAGAAGCAACCGCCAGCGUCCGCGAUCAGUCCCCAACGGUCGCAGGAUCUGAAUGUACCGACUCCGUCGACCGCGCCGUCUACUCGGUCACCGCGCGCCGAGCAAAGAGCAGCCGAGACCCAGGAUCACGAUGUCGCGGAAAUAAAGACCUCUCCCAGUGGAAUGAAGGGCGCUCCAACGCUGGAGUUUCCUGCUGAUUCUCUCACGCGAAAGAAACACGACAAGCGGCCUUCUCUCACCUUGGGACCUGCGCAUACCGAACAACCACUUUCACCCGCCUCCUCCGCUGGACCCUACUCUAAUAAUACCCCUAUUCCUGUUGCUGCAUCGCCAGACACCAGCCCCGCAGACGAAGCAGACGUCGUUGGAAAGAUCGACCACCCGAUUUCUAGGCAUGAUCGAUCUGUCAAAGCGCGCGAGAGCUUGGUUCCAUCGACCCCGGAUGAACAAUUGCGCAUGGAGGAGGCGCGAUCACUGCAUCAUGUCCCUGAUGGCAUGACAAACGAGACCGACAAAGAUCGAAUGGAUGUCGACGAGACUAGACAUGAUGGAGCUGCUUCAACGGAGCCACUUUCGCCAACUCAGCCCCUGCCCAAAGAUGCCGAGCCGGCUGUUGAUGCCAUGUCCGAUAUGCAAGCAGCAAAGAGGAUUUCACCCACCCAAUCCGGUCUCUCCCAGCCGGAACGCAUGACUACGCGCGUUUCGUCAGGUGCCAUUCGUCAUAAAUCUGUCUCCGAAAUACUCGGAGAGACCCCGAGAGUUGUGACGGAGAAAGACUCCCCCGAUGCCGUCGCAAGGAUGCGGUUCAAGGAUCGGAAAGACCGAGAAAAGGAGCGAACCCGGCUUUCAACCGUUGUCUUCCCGAAGCAGACACCAUCCCUACUGGAGAGACCUGAUUCUAUGGACCUUGGCCAGCGAGAUUCCAGCGAUGCAAUUGCGAAGGUGAACGAGGAGCAAGACUAUCUGUUCACCUUGUUCUUGAAUCGCGCCUAUGCUCCGCCUCGGGGUUCGAACCUGAAUACCCUCUUGAGCUCUGCACACAAGACGCUGAGCACGGAAAACCAUUUGCUGGAGUACCAGGAGCAGAUGGACUGCCGUACCUUGCGGCGCAUCUAUGCCCUCCAAAAUGCCAACCGAUGGCCCCUGCGGCAAAUGAAGCGGUCUGCCGAGCCCGUCCGCCAGGGCACGCACUGGGAUGUUGUCUUGGAUCACAUGAAGUGGAUGCGAACCGACUUCCGUGAGGAAAGAAAGUGGAAAGUAGCUGCGGCCAAAAGUUGCGCCGACUGGUGUGCGGAGUAUGUCAAUAGUGACGAGGAACACCGUGCUCUCCUUCGAGUGAAUGCAAAAAUACCAACUCUCAACGCCGAAGCGAAGGAUGCCGGGAAGACAAGCGCAACCUCCCCGUCAGAGGCGCCAGGCGAUCACCCUACACCCGAUCUCGUUCCGUCCGCUGAGGAGGAAUCGGUCAGCGAUGGCUUCAACGAUGAGCCACGACACGACCUUCAAGAUACUGUCGCUCCGGCGGCUAUCUUCUCGCUCGGCUUGGAUGAGUUCACUUUUUCCAUUAACAUGACUCCUGCUGCCGAGAAACUAUUGGAAGAACUGCCGGUGUACGCUCCUAUCCGGAUCGCUCCGGAGACAAGUGUACCGACAUUCAAAACACCUCCAGAUUCAACUUGGAAGACCGAUCUUCUUCCCGUCUCCAAGUUCGCGACUACCAAGAUCAGCUUCCAUGACGAUGAACGGCCCCGAAAACGAAGCAGAUACGAUUACUCUCAAUACGAUUCUGAAUCGGAGCAUCGUGUUACUGAGAUACCCCCGGAACAGACCAACGUUGCGCUCUUUAGGCCCGAGAACAAGAGCAUCCGUGAUCGAAUUCACCCUGGCCAUUCGUUCCGCCCUCCGACUGAAUAUCCCAUGCCGUCAGUUGGAUUUUUCGAAUCUCGACAGUCAUCGCAAUGGACCUAUGCCGAGGAUGACGAGUUGCGCCGUCUAGUCAAAGAGUAUUCCUACAAUUGGUCUCUUAUUUCUAGCUGUCUGACACCGUCUUCUCUGUUCACAUCUGGGGCUGAGAGGCGCACUCCUUGGGAGUGCUUUGAGCGCUGGGUGGGACUGGAAGGUCUCCCUGCGGAGAUGUCCAAGACUCAGUACUUCCGGGCCUACCACCAGAGACUGGAAACGGCACAGCGCACUGUUCUGGCGCAGCAGCAAGCCGCUCAACAGCAGCAACAGCAACAGAGCAAUAACGGUCAGCCGCAACCACCGAUUCGGCGCAGAACGACGCAGCCUCUUCGAGUCGACCGGAGAAGAUCUUCGAAACAUCUCGCCUUGCUUGAUGCUAUGCGGAAGCUGGCUAAGAAGCGGGAGACGAUGCUUCAAAAGCAGCAACACGCAUCUCACUUGGCUUCGCUCCGAAAGGCCAAUGAGGCGAAUCAGCCCAAACCUCCGAUCUCAUCUCCGGCUGAAUUCAGUCGACUCAAGUACGAUCGGGAGAUGAAGCUGCAAGAAAGGCAAGAACAGUACCGACAGCAGAUGAUCGCUCAGCAAAGGGCCAGUCUUGCUGCUCAGCGUGCCGGUCAAAUCCCCAAUCAGCAGCAGCCCACCCAAAUGAUGAAUGCUCCUAAUCGGAACCCCAACGGCGUUCCCACCAACCCCGCCAACUCUGGCCUGACCGGUGGCACUCCAAAUGGAAUGACCAACGGCAUGACUCCUAAUGCUAGCGUGAACCAAGGUCGCCCCCUUUCAAUGCAGGGGAUGCCCGCUGGAGCCCCGGUCAAUGGCCAAAUGCCUCCAAAUGCCAUGGCAAUGAAGAUGAUGCCGCAAGCUCAGAUGCAGCAAGGCGCGGGCGCUAGACCUGGAAUGCCGAUGCAGACGUCUCCAGACAACGCCCGGGUCAUCCGCGAAGCAAACCGACUGCAGGAACAGCAGCGUAUACUGCAGUCUCGACAGCAGCAACAGCAGCACCCUCAUCCCCAAGGCCAACCCCAGCAGGCACAGCAACAGUUCCACGGCCAACAGCAGUUCGCACCGCAAGGUUCGCACUCACCGAACUUGAACAUGCCCAAUGUCAACAACGGCCCCAACAACGCUGCCAUGAUGGCCGCGCUCCAGGCACAGGGAGGAAUGCAAAGCCCAUCGUUCCACGCCGGUACACCGCAGGGCGUGUCUACCCCGUCACCCCGGAUGAGCCAGCCCAAUCCGCUUUCCAGCGGCAUCGUUCCAACCAUCAGCACCAUCCAAAGCCAGAUUCAACGAAGCAACCCGAACCUGCCCGCAGAUCAGGUCAAUAAACUGGCCACAGAGCGCCUCAACCAGUACCAGCAACAGCGAAUGUCUCAACAAGCGGCCAUGAACGCCGCCGCCGGCAGCUUGAACGCCGCCCAGGCCAACUACCAAGUCCCGCACGACGGCAACUUCCAGACGCCGACGCCGCAAUCCGGCCUGCCAAACGGCAAUCCCGCAAUGCAGGUGCCCCAGAAUCAAGGCUUCUCGCCCAUGAUGCGCGUUUCGCAGACAGCGCAGCAGACCCGUGCCGGCGUCACUAGCUCUCCGGCUAUGAAUGGCGCCACCCAGUCUAGUCGCAGCGGAACGCCGCAGACUCAGCGCAGUGGCAGCAGCACUCAGGCGGGAGCUGUCCAAGGGGGCUCGAACAAAAGCCCGCAUCCCCCGCCGGCCCAGACGGCCAGCAGCUGA